AUGGAUGAAACCCUAGCCAUCGUCCCACCUCGCAGCCGGACAUGUCCGUCCGCCGCCGGACACACCGCGCCGCCGCCCCAAGCAAACCACCGCCCGCCACAUGUCGCCUCCGCCGCCACCCAUCCCGCGCGCCGCAGCGGCCUGCCAGGCCCGUCGCGGGCCCGCGCGAGCCCAUCUGCCACCGUCGCCCGAGGCGCCCCGCGCCCGAGCGCCUCCCGUGCCCUUCGCCGGCGCCCGCCUCCGCCGCCGUUCGCCGCGAUCUCGCCUCCCGCCGUCUGCCUCGGGCGACCCCGCAGCCUGGCGCCGCCCCGACUGCCCCGACCGUCGCCGGCGCGCCGCCCUUCGCCAGACCGCGCCGCCCGCCGCCAGCUCCGCCUUCCGCCGCCCGCCGGCCUCCUCUCGUCGCCGCCCGUCCCCACUCCGGCCACCGUCGCCCUUCUCCGGCGGAGAUCCGGCGAGAUCCGCGGCCGCCUCGGGAUCCGUGUCGCGGUCAAACCCCAGAUCUGA